AUGGCCAAUUACAUUGAAGGAGCCAUUGUGAAACUCAACCAGCCAACAGCUGGUAUCUUCGCUGCAACGCAGAUUAGCGAUGCAGAAGCCGCUGCAUCUUCCCUCCAAGUUGCACCAAAACCUGAAGCUCGUAUCAACUUUGGGCCGGUCAGCUUUUUUGGAGUCGUCACAAUCGCCGGCUAUGUUGACACUACCACAUAUGAAGCCUCAGUUUCGGUCUCUGUGAUUGGAAUCAACAUUGGCACUCUGUCUGGAAACCUUCAGGACGGGAUUACCCUCAAAGUUAACCUGAUUGCUGCCAAGGGCGAACUCCGGUUCUACUUGAAGAAUGGUAAUGAAGUGUGGUUGCACGUGGAUCUGAACAUUAUUUUCGAUGGAGAGUAUAAUGAUGAUGUCAAGAUAAUCAGUCUCUAG